CAAGCGUUACAGGGGAUCCUCAUAUCCGGGAUAGGAAAAAUCCAUCCAAAUAGAGUAGUCUUCUUCUCCGCGUGGAAAUCCAAUCACCAAAAACCAAUAGAAAAAGCACCAAACAGAACCCUGUGGGGGAUGUAAACCGAAGCAACCAUGGAUGUUUCUUCAUGGGAUGGAACACUCUCGCCUCAUGAAUUCUCCAUUGCUGCUCGCACUCUUGCCCAUGAAUGGAAAAGAUUCAAUCCAGCUUUCCCUCCAUGGACAUGGGUUCCUAGUCAAAAUCGUCUUGGUCUUGCUUCUCAUAAUGUUUGUUACUUGGUUGAUGGAUACUUAACACUGGAGAAGCUCUGCAUUCAUGGAGGUCCAAGUGAAAUCCAUAUGCCUUCUCAGGAAGAAAAGGUUUAUGAGGAAAUAUACACUGAAAAAGAGGAACUUUCUGAUAAUGCCACUCUGGUUGAGAGCAAUAGCUGUGAAUUGCAUUUUUAUGAUUUCCAUAUAGUGUACAGUGCUGCAUAUCGGGUUCCUGUGCUAUAUUUCCGUGUCUACAGCAUUGAUGGACAACCUUUGGUGUUGGAUGAAUUGAAAGACCUUCCUGCGUGCUCAGAAAAGUUGCUGCUGGAAUCAAAAUGGACAUUUAUAACCCAAGAGGAGCAUCCACACUUGAACAGACCAUGGUACAUGCUACAUCCAUGUGGAACAAGCGAGUGGAUGAAGCUGCUUUUCAGCAGUGACGCUUCUCUGGCCAAAAAGGGAGUAGUUGUUGAACUAUACCUUGUUUCGUGGCUCUCAGUUGUUGGGCAAGUGGUUGGCCUUACCAUCCCAUUUGAAUUACUUAAUUGUCUCAAAUCAUCGUUGUUAAGUUGCUGCAAACAAGAUGCUGGAUAA